GUGAUGAGGGACCCCAACACGAAGCGCUCCCGAGGCUUUGGCUUCGUCACGUACUCGUCGGUGGAGGAGGUGGACGCGGCCAUGAACGCCAGGCCACACAAGGUGGACGGCAGAGUCGUCGAGCCAAAGAGAGCUGUGUCCAGAGAGGACUCGCAGCGACCCGGCGCCCACCUGACGGUGAAGAAGAUCUUCGUGGGUGGCAUCAAGGAGGACACUGAGGAGCAUCACCUCAGGGACUAUUUCGGCCAGUACGGCAAGAUCGAGGUGAUCGAGAUCAUGACCGACCGCGGCAGCGGCAAGAAACGAGGAUUCGCCUUCGUCACCUUCGACGACCACGACUCGGUCGACAAGAUCGUCA